AUGGCCGCCACCUUCACCGGCGGGGAUGUGGAAAUUCGGCGAGGGGACCUCGGAAGGAUUUUAUACGACUUGAGCGCUUCAGAAUGCGAGUACAGAUUCGGCAAGUCCAUCACCGCCCUCGAGGAAUCGGAAGAUGGCGUGCAAGUGUCGUUUCGAAGCGGGGCGACGCAACGGUUCGACCUCGUCGUCGGCGCGGACGGGAUGCAUUCAAAUACGAGAAGGCUCAUCUUUGGCCCCGAAGCCAGCUAUGUCAAGAACACGGGCUGGUUCUAUGCCUUAGCGGACCUGGAAAACCCCGGCGGGCCAUGGAUGUACAACGAGCCGGGUCGAAUGGCGUCCAUCGGAGGGCCCAAGGCUCCCGCUUUCUUUGUUUUCCAGUGCGACGAGGAGGGUUUAAGCAGCGCAACCCCUGAAAAGCAGAGGGAAACCCUCGUCUCCAUCUACCGCGAUGGCGGGUUCAAAGUACCCGAGCUCCUGUCGGCUCUGCCCAACGCCGGCGAAUUUUACAUGGACUCCAUUAGUCGGGUUGACAUGAAGGACUUUACCAAGGGCCGGGUCGUCUUGCUGGGUGACUCGGCCUACGGAAACACCCUCGGCGGGUUCGGAACCGGACUCGCCGUCGUCGGAGCCUACGUCUUGGCGGGCGAGCUUGCGUUGGCCGGUGGUGAUCACGAGGCGGCUUUUGCAAAGUAUCAGGUGGCUAUGAAGCGGUACUCGAGCGGCGGGAACCAUAAAAAGCUCACGGAUAGGUUUGCGACGGAUAUCGAGCUCAAGGACUACGAGAAAUUGAUCGGCAUAUAG